AUGAUUAUCGAGGACAGUCACCAUUACAAGCUUGAUUCAGAGAUUGGUGAAGAGGAAUGGUCAUUAAUGCUACCUCCAAAUCAAGGCAUUAUCUAUCUGAGCAGACAGGACGAGCGUUUCACUAUAUCAUUGUUUCAUCAAAUCCGAUGCCUGGACAAUAUCCGAAGUGCUCUUGUUAGUGCUGCAAAGCAAGGGGCCAGACCAGACGCUGUAACUCGCCAUUGUCUAAAUUACAUCAGACAAAUGAUUUUAUGUCGUGCUGAUUUGCAUUUGGAGAGUAUGGCGGAUCCGAAUGGACCUGUUGAAUGGAUGGGAGAGCGCACUUGCAAAGACUGGCAGACAGUAUAUGCUAUUGUAGCAGCAAACAAUAGUCAUGGUUAUGUUUUUGAAGUGUGUCCCGCCAAUCCUUAA